AACAAUAAUUAUUAUCGAUUUAUCCCUGUGAAGGGAGACUUCGUGCUGACUUUUAAACAAGCAUGGAUAUUAUGAAUAAUGAGUUUAAGAUCCCGAAAGAUCUUCGUCAAAUGGCAAUAUCAGCGUUUAGACAAGAUCCGAAACUUACAGUUGCCAUUGAUAAGCUACAGGCUCAUAGCAACAUUCCAGAUUCGAACGAAAAAAGAAAUUCUGGAUUAGUUCUUCCGGAUAGAAAAUUAAACUUUCAAGAAGUGAGGCAACUUCUGUCUCGGACCGACGAAACCAUAAAAGAUAAAUCACCCGAUGUCUUGUUAAAAGAACACAACGACACAAGAAAGUCACUAUUAAAAAAAGUUGAAGAUAUUCUUGAUAACAUAAACAGAGCUGCCGAAAAUAAAGAGACCCCUAAAUUGAUCAUUAGAAACCAGAGGCUUUGGAGUAACUGCAUCUAUGAUUUCGAUAGGGUAACAUUAAAAGCUUUUAAUGAUGCGAAGAAAACGGUCAUAAACUAUUCUAACAGUGAAGACAGAACUCGAUUCAACAUCAUAGUUUUUGUCCUCACUAAAGUGCACGAGCUAUUAUCGAAGAACUUAACAGUGACUAGACGAGAGCUAUUCUACCAGAACGUGACCCGUCUCCGUAGUCAAUCCUACCUGGACGUGGCGGUGCGCGACGCGUGCUGCCUGCUGGAGACCCCGCCCUGGAGCCUCGGCAUCACCGCCACCGCCAAGGGGCUGGUGGCUGGUCCUCUCACGAUGGAAACUGCUGGCGGGAAGAGAGUCGAUUGUAUGGGGGCUGGAGGAGUUUUAGUGCCUCAAGAUAUAUCAGGAAUCAAAUCAUUCGCAACCACAGCUAAAUACAUUCUGGUGGUGGAAAAGGAUGCCAUUUUCCAGAAGCUCUUGGACGAAGGAGCUUUAGCUCGGUUGGGCCCAGUUAUUAUUUUAACGGGCAAGGGCUACCCGGACGUGUGUUCGCGGCGGCUGCUGCGGCGCCUGAGCCGCGAGCUGCGGCUGCGCGCGCUGGCGCUGGUGGACCCCGACCCGCACGGCAUGGAGAUCUUCCUCACCUACAAGUAUGGCUCUUUGGCCCAAUCCCACCUCUCCUCGUCCCUCGCCUGCCCCUCGCUGGCGCUGCUCGGGGCUCGGCACAGUGACGUCAUGACGCUCGCCCCGGCUGAGGCCAGGAUGAGGCUGACCGACCUGGACAGACGUAAACUGAACUCGCUGCUGAAACGACCUUACUUGGAUAAUGCUGCUGGUGCAGCAAUAAAAAAAGAGCUGAAGUCGAUGCUCUCCAGCGGAGUGAAGGCGGAACUAGAGGCGUUGGCGCCCACCACGGCCGCCCUGUGCGACGCCUACUUGACUUCCAAACUCAUACAGGGCCAUUACUUAGGAUAAACUACACGGAAACGACAUUUAAGUUAGAUUUUAUUUUAUUCAUCCAUAGUUUUGUUCCAUUGGAUUUGGU